AUGGCGCCCCCGGCCCACAACAACCUCAGCUCGACUCAGCCACCGGAAAGUGGCGCCGUGACGUCACGGGAGCGUCCGGGCCACCCGGCCGGAAGCGCGGCGCGGGUGCGCCGAGCAGUUGCUAUGGGAACCGAACUGCCGCCUGGGAGCUGUGUCUUGCUGUAUUUCCGGAUCUUGGGUAUUGGGAAGAGGUUGGGGCUUCCAAACCCCUGGAAGACGACGGCUGGGGACCGAGUAACAGAGCUCUCAACUCUCAACAUCAGCAAGAUGCUAAGCUACCUCUUCCUCAUGAAGGCACUUCUUACUCUCAGCUCCCUGGCAUCCUGGGUAACUGCGGGACAGAACGAAUUAAGUGAUGGAUGUCCUGCUGACCCUCUUCCAUGUGAGGAGCUGUGUGAUGGGGACACAUCCUGUCCCCAGGGACGCAAAUGCUGCAGCACUGGUUGUGGCCACGCCUGCCGAGACAUUCAGGGAGGGCGGGAUGGUCAUUGCCCCAGAAUCCUGGUGGGCCUCUGUAUUGUCAACUGCGUGGUGGAUGAGAACUGUCAACCGGGGGAGAAGUGCUGUAAGUCAGGCUGUGGCCGAUUCUGCAUCCCCUCUCUCCAGUCCCUCAAACAGUCCACAGACUUCAACGAGACCAAUGGGUCUAAUUCUGAACUGGAGACUCGAGUACCCUAACUGUUCUGGCUUGCCUGAAGCUCCAGGAAUCUUCUGGAAGCCAAGAAGGGGUGAUGUCCUGGGACUUGUGACACUUCCAUUGAUAUCAGGCCUUCUCUUUGCUUCUACUGCUGCUUGGAGCACUUGGAACAGCCCUGGGGACAGGUGCUUCUCUUUCAAUAAAAUAGUGGCAUGGA